AUGGGCAAAUGUGGAUUGGGGUAUGGAGCAGUAAUGCAUCUGGGUGGGUGGUUACGAUGCAUUGUCUUUAUAACUUUAAUUUAUUAUGUUAAUUCCACCAUCUCUUUAAAUAAACAUGGAAUAACUAUUAUUGGUAGAAAGUUAAAAACGAUAUUUGGAAAUAAACCUUACGUCGCUUUUUAUAAAAUUCCGUUUGCCGAACCGCCAGUAAAUACACUGAGAUUCAAGCCGCCAGAGGAAAACCAUUCUUUAUUCGCACGCCUCAUUUCUGACUUCAGUACUCCUUAUUCAAACCUCACUUUGAAUGACGAAGAUCGUCUGUAUCUAUCCAUUUUUACACCACAAACAAAAAAUAAAACGGAAAAUUUCCCGGUUCUAGUGUGGAUACAUGAAUAUUCAAAUUACCAUGGACCCGAUUUUUUUAUAGAGGAAGAAGUGAUAAUAGCAAAAGUUUCAUUCAGAACAGAUAUCCUCGGCUUCUUAAAUACAGAAGAUGAAUAUGCUAAAGGAAAUAUGGGAGCUAAAGACAUAUUGAUGGCGCUUAAAUGGGUGCGUGAGAACAUAAGUUAUUUUAAUGGUGACCCUAAUAGAGUUAAGAUAAUGGGUUCGGGAAUAGCAUCUACGGCUGUUGCAUCAAUGUUACUGUCGCCAGCUGCUGAGGAUUUGUUCAAAAGAGCUGUAAUAUUUGAUGGUAGUGCAUUAUCACCUGCUGAUUUCAGAGACUCUAAGAAUAAAGUAGUUAAAAAAAUAUAUUGGAAACUAAAAGGACGUAAGGAUAAGUUUAAUAAAAAACAACUAUAUCAUAUUCUCGCUAAUGCUUCUUACCAUGAACUAGUAUCAGCAAGCUACAAUCUUUACGAUAGUUCAGAAGUCAGAGAUAAUCAAAGAUUGAUUAACUCUUUUAGCUGUUCAGUGGAAACUGAAGCUAAGGGAGCGUUUAUGUAUACACAUCCAUUAAUUCAAUAUGAAAGUAAAUUAAUUAAUAGUAAUGUUGAUGUGAUAUUUGGAUAUACAACUCUAGCAAAUUUAUACAAAUUACAAGGGCUGGCAAGCAAACGAGAACUUCUAAACUAUUUAGAUUAUAAUUUUCAAUACUUGUUGCCAUUCGAAGGAACGCCUCAUGAAUACGGUUCUAUACGGUAUAUAAAAAUAAGGCAGCAUAUAAAAGAUUUUUAUUUCUUAAAUGGCACCAUAACGGAGCGAAGUCUGAGACGAUACGCUAAGUAUCUCUCAGAUCAAGUAAUAUACCCUUUGCUGCGUCAGGCGUUAUUGCAUAGCAAGAUUUCACAUAGCAACGUGUACUUGUACCGAUUUGCUUAUCAUGGAUCUAUAAAUGUUGGCUGGAAGACAUCGGUGCCCAACUUAAAUUGGACCGGAGCUACGUUGGGGGACGAAAUCUGUUACCUAUUCAAAUGUAAAUCAAAAACAGAUGACUAUAAAAGACAUGAAGCAUCCAAUGAAAGGCACUUCGUUAGUAAAAUAGUCAGGCUGUUAGCAAACUUUGCUAAAUACGGAAAUCCCACUCCCCAACUUAGUGAUAAUAUUUUAGGCAAUUUGCAAUGGAACCCGUUGAAAAGGAAUGAGAAAUUACAAGUGAUGAAUUUAGGACGGAGAUUUAGAAUGAUCGACGUCCCUGAAGAGAAAAGGAUGACUUUUUGGGAUCAAUUAAGGAAAGAGUUGCUGCAAAAUUAGUUCUCCUAAUUAUUUGAACGUCUAGUUUGUCAAGUGGUUAGCAUCUUCGACUCCGGAUCGAGAGAUUACUGGGUUCGAUUCGGGUGCCAAAAAUCUGUUGUUUCUUUUAAAAAUUUCUCAGUACCAUCUUGGGUUUAGGAAAUGAGCGACGUCCUUGGAAGAGCACAUUAAGCUGUCGGU